AUGAAUUAGUGUUGAGCACAGUGCUAAAGCAGAGUUUCAAGGCAGCACUUCAUGGGAGCAGUGGAUCUAUUGUGACUUUUACCUGCACUUCAUGUGAUCUGCUGUGCAAGCUGGAAGAAGCACGCUGACACUUCUGACAGCCUUUUUUUUUUUAGUGUUGGAACUUAGAAACGUUACAUCCACAGUCAUUCUGACAGCAGGUGUCAACAUGCUGGAGCAGGUUCUAUCAUUCGGCCGCUCCCUGGUGCGCAGGAAAGUGGUCGACCUGAGCAGCUUGGAGGACUCGAAGCUGUGCCGCUGCCUGGGAACCAUCGACCUCAUCGCUCUGGGAGUUGGCAGCACUCUGGGUGCUGGUGUGUAUGUCCUGGCCGGCGAGGUGGCCAAAGGCGAUUCAGGCCCCAGCAUAGUCAUCUCCUUCUUAAUUGCUGCCCUUGCAUCUGUCAUGGCCGGUCUGUGUUACGCUGAAUUUGGCGCGCGAGUCCCCAAGACCGGCUCUGCUUACCUUUAUAGCUACGUGACCGUAGGAGAGAUCUGGGCCUUCAUCACUGGUUGGAACCUCAUCCUAUCUUAUGUUAUUGGUACCUCCUCAGUUGCCAGAGCUUGGAGUGGCACAUUUGAUGAAAUGAUCGGUGGGCACAUAGAGACGUUCUGUAAGACCUACUUCAGCAUGAAUUCUCCGGGGUUGGCUCAGUACCCUGACUUCUUUGCCGUGUGCCUGAUACUGCUGCUCUCUGGACUCCUGUCGUUCGGGGUGAAGGAGUCAGCCUGGGUCAACAAAGUCUUCACUGCGGUCAACGUGCUUGUGCUCUUGUUCGUCAUCAUCUCUGGCUUUGUCAAAGGAGACACACAAAACUGGAAGAUCAGUGAAGAAUCCCUUAUAAAUGUCACCAUAGUUACAAGGAACUUGUCGGUGACGGCAAACGUGAGCAGUGAUUAUGGAGUUGGAGGAUUUAUGCCCUUCGGCUUCAGUGGGACCUUAGCUGGAGCUGCCACCUGCUUUUACGCUUUUGUUGGAUUUGACUGUAUUGCGACUACAGGUGAGGAGGUUAAGAACCCUCAGAGAGCCAUUCCCAUCGGCAUCGUGGUGUCUCUGACCGUGUGCUUCCUGGCGUACUUUGGUGUGUCGGCUGCGCUCACACUGAUGAUGCCCUACUACCUCCUGGAUGAAAAGAGUCCUCUCCCCAUGGCCUUUGACUAUGUGGGCUGGGGCCCUGCCAAAUAUGUGGUUGCUGCAGGUUCGCUGUGUGCCCUCUCCACCAGUCUGCUGGGCUCCAUUUUCCCCAUGCCUCGUGUAAUCUAUGCUAUGGCACAGGAUGGGGUGCUUUUCAAAGCCUUAGCACGAAUCAAUCCUAAGACGAAGACCCCACUUAUUGCCACUAUGACCUCAGGUGUAGUAGCAGCCAUCAUGGCUUUCCUGUUUGACCUCAAAGCGCUGGUUGACAUGAUGUCCAUUGGAACUCUUCUGGCUUACUCGCUGGUUGCUGUGUGCGUACUGAUUCUCAGGUACCAGCCAGAUGGAGCCCUGGAGCGGAGAGCGGGCACCGGUGAGAGGGACUACCUGUCCUCUGAGGAGGGUGAGUCUGACUUGACAGAGUCAGAGUCCCACCUUAACAUGCUGAAGGGUGGCAGCUCCACCCUGCAGGCUGUCCUGCACCCUGCUGUCUCACCCACUGAGCAUUCCUCCAGUGUGGUCAACAUGUCCAUCUCUGUGCUCGUGCUGGUGGUGUGCGUGGUCAGCUAUCUCACUACGUACCACGUCCGCUCCAUCCUUGGUAUGGAAGUGUGGAGUCUGGUGUUACUGUCCGUGUGUCUCCUCAUCUUCAGCGGCUGCGUCCUCAUGGUCUACAGGCAGCCUCAGACUAGCAAGAAGGUCUCCUUCAUGGUUCCCCUUCUGCCUUUUCUUCCCAUUCUGAGCAUAUUUGUCAAUAUUUACCUCAUGGUUCAGCUGAGUGGAGAUACCUGGAUACGUUUCUCUGUGUGGAUGUUUGUAGGCUUCCUGAUCUACUUUGGCUAUGGCAUGUGGCACAGUGUGGAGCGCCAGCGUAACCUCCAGCGUCCUUUGAACAGCAGCAGCCCCCAGAAACACAACAAGACAGGCGGAGAGAAGCAGGUUGGUAUGGGUGCAGUAGGAAAAGACGGUGAGUCUUUCAUCCGCCCCGAAAAGACCAGCCAGUGUUAAAAUGAAAGACUCUGUGAGGCGACGGAUGCAUACAAGCACACCGCAGUUCUGACUCGAUGCACCUGUUUAUACAGCUUCACCAUGUGGCGCCUCAGUCACAAGCACAUUCAGCCUGCAAAGGCAGCGUUAGUACUCUGUAUCUGCAGCCACACGCUGGGGAGCUGCUCUGUCCCUCUGAUGGAUCCUGUAGGUCACAUGGACAGCAUGGAGGCAGGAUUGAAAGGACAGGUAACACACUGGAGAGUGAUGUUCAUUUUCUUUAACAAUGAAGCAGUCAAUGCACGACUGCAGCAAAGCUUUUCCGUUUUUGACUUUUUAGUGCUUGACACACUUUUUAUCUUUUCUGUUGCUCUUUGCAUUAUAAGCAGUUGUGUAUGAGUGGGUUUUGAAAUGUAAAGUCUGGGAAAUCUGUGUUAUCCUUUUAAUGGUUCAGAAUUUUAUUAGAUUUUUGACACACCACUUGUGUACUACUAUUAAUAGUAAUGCUAGUUUAGUGAUUUUGAGGCGAGUUCAAUGUAGUUAGUCCAUGGGAUCCAUACGUGUUCAUUUGAGUGGUUCCCUGGGAAACUGAGUGGGGUCCUCGGGCUGCACAAUAAUGGCCAAAAUGAUAAUUCCGAUUAUUUUGAUCAAUAUUGAGAUCACGAUUAUUUAUCAUGAUUAUUCAUUGAUUUUAGGCACAAAAUAUUUUUAUUGCACUGUCACAUUUAAAUAAACAGAGCACUGCUUUCACCUCCAUGUUUUGCUACAUUCCUGCUAACGUAGUAAUUAUAGAUCUUUUAAUAAAAAUUGUC